AUGAAGCCCUCACUUCCUUUUCCCAAUUCUACCCUCUCCAUCUGGCAUCGCACUACGCGCUCAUUCCCCUAUCUUCAUGCUAACCGGUCAAACGACGUUCCGCCAUGCACCAAGUAUCUUAUUAUUGGGUCCGGGAUAUCUGGGGCCCUGACGGCGUAUGAACUACUUCGAACUGGCGUCAAGGGCGAGGAUAUUAUAAUUCUGGAAGCGCGAGAAGCUGUCUCCGGGGCCACCGGACGAAACGCUGGACAUAUCCGACCAGAUGCCUUUCGCGGUUUUCCUGGCUAUGCCGCGGUGCACGGACCAGAACAGGCCAGGAAGAUCUUGGAGAAUGAGAGAGUCGUACUUGAACGUGUACGUGAAUUCGUCACAGCCAAUGGUGUCGACUGUGAUUUCAAAAACACCAACACAUUCGAGGUCUGUCUUUCGGAGGAGAUAGUGGAUAGCUCGGCAAGGGCUCUGGUGGCAUAUGAGGCUGCUGGGGGUGACAUCUCGCAUAUCAGGGUUUUUGAAGGCCAGGAAGCCAAAGCAAGAACCAGAGUUCACAGUGCUUUGUCUGCCUACGAGUCACCGGCCGCAUCGAACCACCCGGGUAAACUGUGCCAGUGGAUCUUGACCGACGUGAUUAGCAAGGGAGUCAAGCUGUGGACGCAUUGCCCCGCCAUACAAAUCGUCAAGAGCCAAAGCUCCACAGAAAGUCGAUGGGAUGUGAACACUGCACGCGGAACAGUGGCUUCUGAGACCGUGAUCCAUUGUACCAAUGCCUAUGCAGGCUACCUGCUACCCGAACUGAGUCAAUUCAUCCGUCCCGGCCGGAUACAGGGCCACGCGUUUAUACCGAGGCUUUCUCUCUCUGGCAGCGACUCGCUGCAGCAUACCAUGGCCCUCCGAUACGGCCCGGAGCAUUUCUUCUCAGUCAACUCCUUGCUCAAUGGCACGAUACUACUAGGCGGGUCGGGGACCAGAACUAGCUCCCCCGACAAGGGCGAUCUGUCAAUCGAUGCAGCCACCUUCGACGAUUCAGGAUACAGCCAGCACAUCGCUGACAACAGCACCAGAGAGUUUAACGAAUUGUCACAGGAGCCAGAGACCGAGCCGCGUCGGCAUGGCGAAGGAUUGGACCAUGUCUGGACGGGAAUCAUUGGCGUGACGCCAGAUAAAAUUCCCCUGGUUGGGCCCAUUGAGGGUCUGGAGGGCCAAUGGAUCUGUGCGGGUUUCAACGGACAUGGGAUGGCAGGUAUCUUCACAUGCGCACCAGGAUUGGUGAAACUGGUCAACGGGCAAUCGUGGGAGGAGACUGGGUUGCCCGAAUGCUUUCAAUACAGAAAAGCACGAAUCGACAAAUACACCAGAAGCAAUAUCAAGAGCUCCCUGUAA